CACACCAUACCCACGCCACUCACGCACAGUCCUGCCUAAGCUAAGCUAAACAGCAGCGAGCAAUGGCGUCCACCUCCUGCUUCCUCCACCAGUCCACCGCGCGCCUGGCCGCCUCGGCGCGCCCUGCGCCCGCCGUCGGGCGCACCCAGCUUUUCGUCUGCAAGGCGCAGAAGAAUGACGAGGCUGCAUCUGACGCUGCCGUCGUCACCAGCCGGCGCGCCGCGCUGUCCCUCCUCGCCGGUGCCGCCGCCAUCGCCGUCAAGGUCUCCCCCGCCGCCGCCGCCUACGGAGAAGCAGCCAACGUGUUCGGCAAGGCGAAGAAGAACACGGACUUCGUGGCGUACAGCGGCGAGGGGUUCAAACUGAUGAUCCCGGCCAAGUGGAACCCCAGCAAGGAGCGUGAGUUCCCUGGGCAGGUGCUCCGCUACGAGGACAACUUCGACGCCACCAGCAACCUCUCCGUUAUAAUCAACCCCACUACCAAGAAGACCAUCACCGACUACGGUUCCCCUGAGGAGUUCCUCUCCCAGGUCGGCUUCCUCCUCGGCCAGCAGUCCUACGGUGGCAAGACCGACUCCGAGGGUGGGUUCGAGUCAGACGCUGUGGCGACGGCGAACGUGCUGGAGAGCUCGGCGCCGGUGGUGGACGGUAAGCAGUACUACAGCAUAACGGUGCUCACGAGGACCGCGGACGGAGACGAGGGAGGGAAGCACCAGCUCAUCACCGCCACCGUCGCCGACGGCAAGCUCUACGUCUGCAAGGCGCAAGCCGGAGACAAGAGGUGGUUCAAGGGCGCCAAGAAGUUCGUCGAGAACGCCGCAGGAUCCUUCAGCGUCGCAUAAAUAUACACGACCGACCGGCGAGUUUAAUGGAAAUUUCCUCAGGGAUGCACCGUGUAGAGACCGAUCGAGGGCAUGCAUGUGUGUUUCUUUGAUUUGUACAUGAGGAUGGAUGAACUAAGAGGUCGAUUUCCCUCAAGGAUUCAUGUGUGCACAAUGAUUAAGAAAUCUUAGUAAUAAUGUUUCAUUUUUGUAUCUCCU